AAUUUUGAAAUAAUAAUAUCACUGAACUGAGUUGCAUAGAGCUUACUAGUUAUCAGUGUUGGGUCAAGUUGAGGUUAAUAUUAUUAAUGAAAAUAGAUGGAAAUAAAAUACAAAUUUUAUUUGAAGAAGUUGCUAGAUCAGAGAAUGAGAGUUCCAAAUAACUAAGGAAAAAAAACUUGAGGGCUGAUUUUGAAUUCCCCCUCUGGCCUAAAUCUUUACUCUGUGUAAUACAGUUGACCAUCAAUUUCUAGAAAUAUUCACUUCCUUUUGCCUCCAAUAAAUUACUUUUAUUGGGUGGACCAAAAAGUACCUUCAGUUUUUUAAGUAAAAAUAAAAGACACAGUUUUCAUUUUCACCAUGAACUUUAUUGAACAACAUUUUCACCCUUUUGUUCCACUACCUUCUCCCAUUUUUCAGGCCACUUGAUAAUUCCAUCUUCCCAAAACUUUUUAUCUUUUUUGAGCAAAGAACUGUUCCAGGUGCCUUUUACAGUCUUUCAGGGAAUUGAAAUUUUUUCCAUUAAGAGAAUUUUUUAAAGACUGAAAUAAAUGGAAAUCUGAAGGUGCAACGUCUGCUGAAUACAGCGGAUGAAUCAGAACUUCCCAGCCAAACGCUAACAGCCUUUGCCUGGUCAUCAAAGAGACAUAUGGUCUUGCGUUAUCCUGAUGGAAGAUUAUGCAUUUUCUGUUGACUAAUUCUGUAUGCUUUUCAUCGAGUGCUGCUUUCAGUUGGUCUAACUGGGAGCAGUACUUGUUGGAAUUAAUCAUUUGGUUUUCCGGAAGGAGCUUAUAAUAGAGGACUCCCUUCUAGUCCCACCAUGUACACAACAUCACCUUCUUUGGAUGAACUGGCCUUUCGUGUGGUUGGUGGUGGUUCAUUUCACUUGCCCCACCAUCUCUUCCAUUCCACUUUGUUGUACAGUAUCCACUUUUCCUCGCCUAUCACAAUUCGUUUUAAAAACAACGUUUUCAUUACGUUUCAGUAGAGAACUGCAUGCAGAAAUAUGAUCAAGAAGCUUUUUUUCUCUUAACUUACGUGGAACCCAAACCUCAAAGUGAUUCACAUAACCAAACUGGUGCAAAUGAUUUUCAAUUCUUGAUUUGGAUAUUUUGAGAAUGUCGGUUAUCUCCUGCGUGAUAUAACGUUGAUUGUUCUCAAUUAUUGUUUCAAUUUGAUCGCUAUCAACUUCAGUUGGUCUACCCGACCAUGGAGCAUUGUCCAGCAAUAAAUCUCCAGCACGAAACUUUGCAAACUACUUUUGACACAUUUGAUUAGUCACAGCAUCUUCUCCAUACACUGCACAAAUCUUUUUGUGCAUUUCAGUUGCAUUUUUAUCUUUCUUGAAAUAAUAAAGCAUAAUAUGCCGAAAAUGUUGCUUUUUUUCUUCCGUCUUCAGUAUUAAAAUGGCUACACAAAAAUUCACCAAUUUUGAUAAGUUUUUUUAAAUGCACACUGAUAUGACAGCUGUCACAUACAAUCUAACAAAAUUGUUUCGAAUGAAGUUAGAGACAGCUAAGUGCUACUAGAGCCAUCUUACGGAAAAAACCAAAUGAACCUUUUGGACAACCCGAUACAAUUUUUCUCCUCUGAGUUUCUUCUCAUUUUGAUUUGCUAGCUCUUUUUGGGGGGCAAGGGCAGGGUAUAUUUAAAGUUGAUCCCCUCAGGGUUCUAUGAUUAGUCUUUUUCUUGGUCUGCCUGCUUUAUCUGACAGUCUUUUCCCAUUCCCCAUGUCUUUUAACUGCCCUCAGGAUCCUGGUAUCUGUAGCUUCAGAUGCUGAUUUCCACUCGUCUUGUGGAUAUACUCACCUGGAUAUCCUAUAGACACUUUAAACUUAACAUGUUCAGUUCUGCACUCAUUACUUUCCUUACAUAUUUGCUCUGUCUCCUUAAUUCUCUACCAUUAUUCAUCCAGGCUCCCAAGCAUAGAAAAUCCUGAUUUGUCCUUGGCUUCUUGCUCUCCUUGAUCUUUUCAGCCUUGCAGAUCACCAAUCUGUUGCUUCUAACAGAAAGAAAGCAUAUGCUAGUCCCUCCCUCUCUACAUCACAGCCAGUGCCUAGUAGCUCCCUUGGACCAAUAUCCUCUUGUCUCUCAGCCAUUGAUCUGUCUUUCUCUUCAGAGUCUCUUUCAAAUUGCCCCCAGAGUUACUUAUUUUUAAAUGUGUGAUCCUCUUACUCCCUUAGUUAAAAAACAUCUCUUGUGGUUUUGUUGUCGUUGUUGCUUAGAGUCUAAUAAAAUGAAGUCAUAUUCCUUUAAAAUUACAAAUUAAAUAUUUCUGAGCUCUCAUUCUUCUUAUCCCAAGAAUGUCUCCCCCACCCCCUUUUUGGAGGUUCUUCUUGAUGCAUCAGUAUUCCUGGGGAAGAGGGUAGGCUCUGGAAUCACACUGCCUGGUUCCUUCAGUUGUCAGCUUAGUGACUACAGACAAGUUAUUUUAGCUCUCUGUACCUCUGUUUCCUAAUCUCUAAAAUACCCAUAAUAAUAUGGUUACCUUAUAUGGUUGCUGUGAGAGUUACAUGAGAUUAAUAUAUGAAACACUUCAAACAGUGCUGGCAUAUAGUAAGUUCUCAAUGCAGGUGGAUUCUUGUUUUCAUCAUUAUACUUGAAAAAGAAAUCCAGAAAACUUAGUAUUUUGGAUUGUUGCUGUGGCUGUUUCCAAAUGAGAUUUCUCUGCAUCUCUCAUCUUUCCCGAUGAGGAACGACUAUAAAUGAAAACUGUAUAACCUGGCUGCACCAAGUUCCCUCAGGUACACUCUGUGCCAUCUCCCUCAUUUAUUUGGGUUGGGCUGCUUGGGCACAAACCGCCAUCAUAACCUGGCAACCCCACAGCUUGGUUUGCACAUAAAGCCAUAUCCCCCAGGGCUCUCGUGUGGUCCCAAGUCACCUGGGUCUAGUUGCCAGUCUCAGCUGGUCCUCCCUUCCCUUAUAUUCCAAGUCUUGCUCCCCAAGUGCAGCUGAAUUUCUUUCUUUUCUCAGUGCAUCUCCAUUUUGUAUCUGAGCCAACUGAAGAUAAGCUAAGUAGCUUGUCCAGGAUUGCUUAGUUGUGAGAUUCAUGCUCUUGACCACUGCACUGUACUGUACUUAGAAUCAGUCACCCUGGUUUGGCCCAGGUGGUUUCCUAAACACUUUUCUUUUGUAAUGCUUAACUUUUUAUCACUCUCUCCACUCAGUACUUUUACUUAUGCUGCUGCUUCUACCUAGGAUAGUGGUACUUUUUUUUUCUUCUUUCUGCCUGGCACAUGCUUACUCAUUCUUAAGUAAUAGCCCCUUUGCCACUCAUGUGAAGACUUCCCCACUCAGGCAAAGUUACCUCACUCCUUCCUUUGCCCUCCACAUAUCGUUUUUUCCUCUUUUGUGGUACUUGCUACGUUGUAUUUUCCAGCUCCCACAGGGUUCGUGGAGGUUAAGAAAAGACCCCGUCUUAUUUAUUCUUGUGACCUUAGCUUUUAGCACACAGUCUGGCAUGCCACAGAUGCGCAACAAAUAUGAAAUGAAGAAUGAAUGAUACAGAAGAACCUAAAGAUGUUGGUGGCAGACUCUCAACCACUGCGUCACCAGGGAAGCCCAGCAAAUAAUUUUAAGCUAACAGAAAAUACAGAUAUCUAGGGAUGGAAGAACAUAGAAGAAAAAAUAAAAUGCUGCAGUCAGUUGGAGGCACCUCAUUACCAGAUCGCUGGGGACCAGCUGGAGAGAGUUCACAGAAGACCCACAGGAAUGAUUAAGAGACUGGAGGGGCUGACGGAUGAGGAACGGAUAGAAAUGAAAAUUGCAUAACUUGGCUGAACCAAGUUUGACGUCUGUGGACUUGCGGCUGGUGCUUCUCUGUGUAGAGAACGCUGGAGACUACAUCUUAACAAAGCGAACGUCUUUCUUUUGUCCUGUCUUGUUUUGUGGGACUCAGUGGUUGAUAUUUGGAACUCCUAUGCGUUGCCACUAUCUCUUUAUGCACCAGAAUUCUGAAGUGGACUUUCACAUAGUUUUCUUUUUUUAAUUAAUUUUUUAUUGGAGUAUAGUUGAUUUACAAUGUUGUGUUAGUUUCUACUGUACAGCAAAGUGAAUCAGUUACACAUAUACAUAUAUCCACUCUUUUUUAGAUUCUUUUCCCAUAUAGGUCAUUACAGAGUACUGAGUAGAGUUCCCUGUGCUAUACAGUAGGUCACAGCUUUUUAGACCAGCACUGUAAAAGUAGAAACUCAGUAUGUAUUGUAGUAAUUUUAGAAACCCAGAUACAGUAUUUGGUCCCUGAGGUACUGGUUGGUUUUAGGAAAUUAUAGCCUUGAUGAAAUCCAAGCAUGAUUGUAUGAAACAUGUACUUGGGAAAUGAUUGUAUAAAAUUCCUUUUUGGGGUAUGGAAGGCAUAAAACUUUUAAAUAACAGUUGAAAUUAGCCAGGAGAAACAUUUGCUUAAUGUUGCCAGUUUUAUAGCCCUUUUCCUAAGAAGGGGUAGUAGAACUGGAAGAAAGUGAUUUUUAUGCUUUUUUGAUAUUUAAAAAUGAGUUCAUUUAUAAUACAACACAUUUAUGUACCUUUAAGACUAAGUCUUCUAUACCAGAGAUUGGUAAACUUUUUUUUGUAGACGGUUAGAUAGGAAAGCUUUGUAGGCCAUACGUCUCUGCUGCAACUACUCAACUCUGUGUUGUAGUUCAAAGGCAGUCAAAGACAAAUUGUAAACGAACAAACUUGGCUGUGUUUAUUCUUCUUUUACAAAACUUUUUUUUUAAACAAAAACCGGUAGCUGUCUGGAUUUGGCCUGCAGGCUGUAGUUUGCCAACUCCUCCUGCAGCAGACCCUUGCUCCUGAAAGCAUGGUCUGCAGACCAGCAGCAUCAACAUUACCUAUGAACCUGUUAGAGAUGCAGAAUAUUGGGUCCCUUCUCAGCUGACUGCUCUAGAGUCUAGACCAUGUUUCCUGAUCUUUAACAUGCAUAGGAAUCACCUGGGGAGCUUGUAAAAGUAUGGACUCUGAGGACUUCCCUGGUGGCGCAGUGGUUAAGAAUCCGCCUGCCAAUGCAGGGCCACGGGUUCAAUCCCUGGUCCGGAAGAUCCCACAUACCACAGAGCAACUAAGCCCGUGUGCCACAACUACUGAACCUGUGCUCUAGAGCCGAGAGCCACAACUACUGAGCCCAUGUGACACAACUACUGAAGCCCUCGUGCCUGGGCCUGUGCUCUGCAGCAAGAGAAGCCACUGCAAUGAGAAGCCUGCACACCGCAACGAACAGUAGCCCCCGCUCACCUCAACUAGAGAAAGCCCACGUGCAGCAACGAAGACCCAGCGCAGCCUAAUGUAGGAUCCCGAGACAGCAGAACAGAUGCACCCUUUGGCAGCCAGUUGCACCCUGCACUAGAGAGAAGCCCAGGGAUGUUAUAUUUUGGGAUUAUAUUUCUCCACCGUGGAAUUCAUGCAGUUCAUUCCAGAAACAUUGACCCUCUGCUUCUGUGACACACCCUCGCUGAAGGUCUGAUGGACAGACACUUUCUCUUGACCUUGCAGCUGUUUUCUUUCAUGUGGAAGUUGGAAGACAAAGUGAAAGUGGCCAAAAGUUACCUGCUUUGGUGGAUAGGUGUGCUCCCCUUGGUUCUCAGAACAUGGGCCCUCGUUUAAAGCUGCAGCUGUGAUCCUCGGCUGUCUGUUGGCAUUGAAGGGACCUGAUGUUUUACGUUAUUGGUGGCAUCACAGUGUCUGUGGUUGCAUUCUUCUUCACAAUUAAGUUCCUCUUUGAGCUUGCCGCACGUGUAGUCAGCUUCCUCCAGAAUGAGGACCGAGAACGCCGAGGGGACCGGACUAUAUAUGACUACGUGCGGGGAAAUUACCUGGAUCCCCGGUCUUGCAAAGUCUCCUGGGAUUGGAAGGACCCCUAUGAGGUGGGCCACAGCAUGGCCUUCCGAGUGCAUUUAUUCUAUAAGAACGGGCAGCCCUUUCCUGCACAUCGGCCUGUAGGACUAAGAGUUCACAUCUCUCAUGUUGAGCUAGCAGUGGAAAUUCCAGUGACCCAGGAAGUCCUCCAGGAGCCCAGUUCCAACGUGGUCAAGGUGGCCUUCACUGUGCGCAGGGCUGGGCGGUACGAAAUCUCAGUGAAGCUUGGUGGAUUAAACGUGGCCUAUAGUCCCUACUACAAGAUUUUUCAGCCUGGAAUGGUGGUUCCUUCCAAAACCAAAAUCGUGUGCCAUUUUUCUACUCUCGUGUUGACCUGUGGGCAGCCACACACUCUUCAGAUAGUGCCCCGAGAUGAGUAUGACAACCCUACCAACAAUUCCACGUCCUUGAGAGAUGAGCACAAUUACAGUCUGUCCAUUCAUGAGCUCGGUCCUCCGGAAGAAGAGAGCACUGGUGUCUCAUUUGAGAAGUCAGUGACAUCCAACCGGCAGACCUGCCAGGUGUUCUUGCGGCUCACCCUGCAUUCUCGAGGCUGCUUCCAUGCCUGCAUUUCAUACCAAAACCAGCCAAUCAAUAAUGGCGAAUUUGACAUUAUUGUCCUAAGUGAGAAUGAGAGGAAUAUUGUCGAACGCAAUGUGUCCACCUCAGGAGUGAGCAUUUACUUUGAAGCUUAUCUGUAUAAUGCUGCCAACUGCACCAGCACGCCGUGGCACCUCCCGCCCAUGCACACAAGCUCUGCCCAGCGCCGGCCCUCCACGGCUCUGGAGGAGGAAGAUGAAGACUCACCCUCUGAGUGUCACACCCCGGAGAAGGUGAAGAAACCGAAGAAGGUGUACUGCUACGUGUCACCAAAGCAAUUCUCAGUGAAGGAGUUCUACCUGAAAAUCAUUCCCUGGCGCCUUUAUACCUUCCGAGUGUGCCCAGGAACAAAAUUUUCAUACCUUGGCCCUGACCCUGUCCAUAAGCUGCUCACACUGGUGGUGGAUGAUGGCAUUCAGCCUCCCGUGGAGCUCAGCUGUAAGGAGAGGAACAUCCUAGCAGCCACAUUCAUCCGCUCACUCCAUAAAAACCUAGGAGGCUCUGAGACCUUUCAGGACAAGGUGAACUUUUUCCAGAGAGAGCUUCGGCAGGUACAUAUGAAAAGACCACAUUCCAAAGUCACCCUGAAGGUCAGCAGACAUGCAUUGUUGGAAUCGUCUCUGAAAGCCACUCGGAAUUUCUCCAUCUCAGAUUGGAGCAAGAACUUUGAAGUGAUUUUUCAGGAUGAAGAAGCUCUGGACUGGGGAGGGCCUCGCCGGGAAUGGUUUGAGCUAAUCUGCAAAGCACUAUUUGACACCACCAAUCAGCUCUUCACCCGAUUCAGUGACACCAACCAAGCAUUAGUGCAUCCCAACCCUAAUCGCCCCGCUCAUCUGCGUCUAAAGAUGUAUGAGUUUGCAGGGCGCCUGGUGGGCAAGUGUCUCUAUGAGUCCUCUCUAGGAGGAGCCUACAAGCAGUUGGUCCGAGCUCGCUUCACCCGUUCUUUCUUGGCCCAAAUCAUAGGACUGCGUAUGCAUUACAAGUACUUUGAAACAGAUGACCCAGAAUUCUACAAAUCUAAAGUUUGUUUCAUCCUCAACAAUGACAUGAGUGAGAUGGAGCUGGUCUUUGCAGAAGAGAAAUAUAACAAAUCAGGUCAAUUGGAUAAGGUCGUAGAACUUAUGACAGGUGGAGCUCAAACCCCAGUCACCAACGCGAAUAAAAUCUUCUAUUUAAAUUUGCUGGCCCAGUAUCGGCUGGCCAGUCAAGUGAAAGAGGAAGUGGAACAUUUCCUAAAAGGCCUGAAUGAGUUGGUCCCUGAGAACCUUUUGGCUAUUUUUGAUGAGAAUGAGCUUGAGCUGCUGAUGUGUGGGACUGGGGACAUCAGUGUGUCUGACUUCAAAGCCCAUGCGGUGGUUGUUGGUGGCUCAUGGCAUUUCAGAGAAAAGGUCAUGAGGUGGUUUUGGACCGUGGUUUCCAGUUUGACGCAGGAGGAGUUGGCUCGGCUGCUUCAGUUCACAACAGGCUCGUCUCAGCUACCACCUGGAGGCUUUGCCGCCCUCUGUCCCUCAUUCCAGAUUAUUGCCACUCCGACCCAUAGCACGCUACCAACUGCACACACGUGUUUCAACCAGCUGUGCCUCCCUACGUAUGACUCAUAUGAAGAGGUGCACAGGAUGCUGCAGCUGGCCAUCAGUGAGGGCUGCGAGGGCUUUGGCAUGCUCUGACCACUCUCUUGCCAUCCACUUGGCUCCCGUGCUUUCUGGAGCAUCCGGGUGCACAUAACAGACAUAACCACUGACCCUAACAUACACAAAACCAUCAGCCAGAAGCUGCUGCGUGCUCUCCAGUGUCUGGAGUAUUCAGUCACCUACAAGCAUUGUCCUUCCCUCGCCUCCUCCUUUCCCAUCUCCCUCACCCAGGCCACUUUGGCAGGUACAUAAUCUGAGCAACUCGGUCAGUCACGAGAGGAGGGCCAUGCUGCUGUGCUUGCACUUGGUUCUUAGAAGCUCUCAGUAGCCGGAGUGGCACUGGACUACCUCUCAUGGUGACUGAUAGCACAAAAAGAUCUUUUCUGUGGUGUCAGAACUGGAAAAGGAGCUUUCCUUGCAAGCGUUUCUGGAAAUGAUCAUUAAUCCACAAAGAAGAACUCCCUAAUAAGCUUUUUCUUGAGUAUAAGCCUGUGAGAUAGACAGACCUAAGAAUGUGAAAGAUAGCUGGGCUGUUGCCUCCAGUGCUGAAUGUGAUUCUCCUUUGGGGUUAUGGGGCAUGUCUAGGCACGUGGCUGGCUUGAAGACUACUGAUGCUUGUCCCUGAGUUUGUUCUUUACACUGAGGUGUGGCUGGGCUCAGCCACUCACCUCCAGCUUAUGCAGUCUGCUAAGAGCUGGGGCUUCUUUAGAUUUCUAUUGAGGAAACUUUUGGAGCAAGAGAUUGGGACAGUACGAUAGCAUGCCACCGAUCCCUGGUUCUCUCUUUGCUUGGGGUUCCCUGGCAGCACUAAGGCAAGGGAAAAGGAAUCAGUAAUUUAAUUGCUCCUCACAGAUCCUUAGGGUCAGGACACAGGGAACACACAUAGAGGAGAUACAUCAGAUGAUUAAAAAACACCUAGCUGUCCCAGUUACUUCCUGUCACUCCAUCAGUUACCAGCAAGGGCAGCUAAGGAGGGAGGAAGAUAAAUUAGGUUCACUGUUACGUGAUGAUUGAAGAGAACCUGCAGCUGUUUCUUGGAAGAUGACAACAACCUUUUUCAUUACGAUUUGAAUGAAGACGUUUUCAAGACUCAAAAUCUCAUUGAAUUCCCAAAUUUCUGUUUCUAAGAAGGCUUUGCUGCAAGCUACCAUUCCCAAUGGGGCAUUCGACUCUGAGAAUAUUUACAAGCCAUCUUUAUUGCCAAAACCAGCAAGUACAAAGAGUCCAGAGAUGAGGCGGGACUUGCAGCAGUGCCUUGACCUCCUGGAAGCACGCCUGAGCCCUCCUGUUCCCAGAGAUCACGAGGAACAAGCCUUCCUGAGCUGCUACAAUUCCUGCCUGACCUCACUCCUUCGCAGUUGUCAUUUGUCCUUCUUGGCAUGGGUGCUGACCUCACUCAUCCUUGGGGUCUAGGAUCCAGCAUCAGGGCCUCUGUACCCCAGGGUCCUCCAUGCCACACGGUCACUGCUGUCCUCAGGGACCAGGACAAGGUGCUGCUGCCUGACCCGGUGUUUUCCUAUGGGAUAUGUACAGGCAAGUUUCAUCAUCCCCCGGGAAACAUGAUGCUGCCCCUCGGGCCCAGAGAGGGUUCCCAGCUGGGGGGCGCGUGGGUUGGUUCUGCUGUCUUUGGCUGUUGUUCCUCUUCUGGAUUCUGCAUUCUCCUCUCCAGAGACUCAUGCUGGAGCUCAAGUUGAUUUUCUUGGUUAGAUCUGUCCUUUUAAGCUCUAGUCAUAGCACUUUUCAGAGCAUCCUGGGUACCAUUGCAGCCCAGCUGCGUCCUGCAGUGGUCCUUAGCUCCAAGGUCUUUGUUUAACAAAACCCUUUGGUACUGUUGUGGUUUUCUGUUCUUCCGGUUUACCCUCUCUCUCCUAACUAUUCAAAAGUAUCUUUGCUCUUUAGGCCUUUCCUUUGACCUUUUUUUCUAAUCCUGUUUUGGAACUAGCCAAUGUGGGGAGAGGUACACCAUGUUGGAGAGAAGGAAGAGUGUCUGUUACUUCUUGAGCAGUUUUCUAUUCACGUUUCUUAUUUUGGCCAGUUGUUUUAUUUAUGCCCUUGUGACCCAGAUGCUUGGGGAGCCAGCUAACCUCCUGGCCUUUAGUCUCUUCAGAGGAGACCAGGCACCGAGUGAACACCAAGGAAGAUGUCGGCAUGUUUCUAGAACUUCAGCAGAGACCAAGCCCUGCUGCUGCAAAUUUGUCAGGCCAGACAAAAGGGCCAGACAGUUGCAGCAAUAGUGUAAAUAUUUUGUACAGUAAAUAAAUGAAUGUUUAAAAGGA